UCUCUUCUUGGCUUUUUCAAAAUCCCAAAUCGAUAGCUAUUCUCGGAAAAAGUGUAACAAUGGCGAGAAGACCGGAUGAAGAAUACGACUACUUGUUUAAAGUGGUUUUGAUCGGAGACUCCGGUGUCGGCAAGUCAAAUCUCCUCUCUAGAUUCACUCGCAAUGAGUUCUGCUUAGAAUCCAAAUCCACCAUCGGCGUCGAAUUCGCUACUCGUACUCUCCAAGUGGAAGGAAGGACUGUGAAAGCUCAGAUAUGGGACACUGCUGGGCAAGAACGCUACAGAGCCAUAACAAGCGCCUACUACAGAGGUGCACUUGGAGCUCUUUUGGUCUAUGAUGUCACUAAGCCAACAACCUUUGAGAAUGUAAGCAGGUGGUUAAAAGAACUCAGAGACCAUGCUGAUUCCAACAUAGUGAUCAUGUUGAUUGGAAACAAGACAGAUCUGAAGCAUCUUAGAGCAGUUGCUACAGAGGAUGCUCAGAGCUAUGCAGAGAAAGAAGGCUUAUCUUUCAUUGAGACAUCGGCCCUUGAGGCAUUAAACGUAGAGAAAGCUUUUCAGACGAUUCUCUCGGAGAUUUACAGGAUCAUCAGCAAGAAAUCGAUAUCUUCAGACCAGGCAACUGCAAAUGCCAACGUCAAGGAAGGCCAAACAAUUGAUGUUGCUGCUACUUCUGAUUCAAACGCGAAGAAGCCUUGUUGCUCUUCGUCUUGAAAGGCUUUUGUUUGUGUCUCACUUUAAAAAGCCAAUACAUGUGGGACUUUAUUUGAAGGCUUGUGUUGUGUUACAUAUACUAGCUAAAUAUAUCCAAGUUGCAUUUGUUUUUUUGUUU